AUGUAUUCUGGGCGUAGUGGUCCACAGGGAUCUUCACAGGUAGAUUUUAGUAUUAUGGAAUACUGCGAUCGAAUUAAAAAAGAAUUUAGCCUAUUACAACAACAGUGUCAAAGUUUGAAAUUUGAGUGUGAGAAAUUAGCACAAGAAAAAAUCGAAGUACACCGUCAAUAUGUUAUGUAUUAUGAAAUGUCCUAUGGACUCAAUGUUGAAAUGCAUAGACAGUCAGAAUUGGCGAAACGUUAUUUAGCUAUUUGCCAUCAAAUACUCCCAUGCUUAUCUCAAGAGCAACAAAAUCAAGUUGCUGCAACACUUGAACGUGCAAAACAAGUUACGGUUGCUGAAUUGAAUGCUAUUAUAGGACAACAAAUGCAUGCACAAGGAGUUGCUGCGUUUCCUCAUGCUCAUAGUCAAGCACAACAUUUUGGAGCAUCACCUUUUGGUUUACCCGGAGCAUCUGGACUUCCACCAGGACUUCUCGCUUUACAAGGCGUUGCAGCAGCUGCACAACAAGCCUAUCUUAAAGAUGAAAAAGAUAAUUUAGAUCGGGCAGUAGCAGCAGCAGCGGCAGCCGCAGCAGCAUCAUCACAUAAACGUAAUGCAAGUUCGCCACAUCGUAUAAAUGAGAAAUAUCGUGGUCAUAGUCGUUCACCAUUUGAAUCAAAAAAGCAUAAACGCGAUGAAGAAAGUGAAGGUGAAAAGAGCGAUGGGGAUCUUGUUGUUGAUGAUACUAACGAGAACGAUAAACAAUUAACGAACGGUUCUCGUUCACCACAUGAAAAUGGUGAUACAUCAUCAAAAAUAAAUUCGGCUAUACGUCAUAAAUCAUCGCAUCACGAUGAUAGUAGUCGAAGUCCUCAUAGUGAUAAUGGUUCAGCACGAAGCACACCUUCACAGAAAGGUAGUGAAAAAAGUGGUUCAACACCGAUUCCAACAGCAGGAGCAACGAGCACAUCAUUGAGCGGCAAUUCAACGAACAAAUCAAGCUCACGAAGUGGCAUUCACCAUUCCCCGAAACUACCCCCAGCUGCACCAUUUGGACCCUAUGGAGCCUUCAUGCCGGAAAAUCUGGCUGCAUUUGCUGCUGGUCUCAAUACGGCCUUCGCUGGAAAUCCAACUGGUUCACCUCGUAGUACAUUGAACGAUUUCUAUUCAGCGAUGCGUCUACCUCAACAGCCAUCAUUGUUGAUAUCAGCGAAUGCAGCAACAAGUGGAAAUCUAAUUGAACGUAAUGGUACUAAACAGCAUUAUUCGUAUCGCUGCGAUUCAUAUGAUCCAUCGCCAUCGUCGACAUCCUUACAACCAUUUACGUUUCCAUCGGAUGCAUUCGAAACGAGCGAUUGCCCACGCCGAAUAAAAGUUUUAAGUCAUUUAACACACGGCGAUGUUGUGUGUGCAGUAACAAUAUCGGAUUUAAAUAAACAUAUUUAUACCGGUGGAAAAGGUUGUGUGAAAAUUUGGGAUUUAAAAGAAAGUACAAAAGAAAAUAAUGGCUUACCAAUGACAAUCAAUAAACCGAUUGGUCAAUUUGAAUGUUUGAGUCGCGAAGCGUAUAUUCGAUCAGUUAAACUUCUACCAGAUGGUCGAACAUUAAUUGUUGGUGGUGAAGCAUCAAAUAUAUCAAUAUGGGAUCUUACUGUUACAUCAUCAAUAACACCGAAUAGUACAUCAAUAAAUUCAUCAGCAAUAACGCGUGAUAGUGGCAAUUCAAAUUCAUCAACAUCAUCAAAUUCGUCAUCAGCGAAUUCAUCAUUAACACGACUUAAAGGAGAGUUACAAUCGAAAGCAGCAGCUUGUUAUGCAUUGGCCGUAUCAGCUGAUGGUAAACUUUGCUUUAGUUGCUGCUCAGAUGGUAAUGUUCUCGUUUGGGACAUACAAAAUCAAACAAUUGUUCGACAAUUUCAAGGUCAUACCGAUGGUGCAAGUUGUAUUGAUUUAACACCGGAUGGUUCACGUGUAUGGACCGGUGGUCUCGAUAAUACUGUGCGUUGUUGGGAUGUGCGAGAAGGCCGUCAAUUACAACAAUAUGAAUUCGACUCGCAAAUAUUUUCACUUGGCUAUUGUCCAACAGGUGGUGAUUGGUUAGCUGUUGGCAUGGAACAAAGUUUAAUUGAUGUACUGAAUGUAUCAUCUCCUAAGCCAGAUAAAUAUCGUUUAACUUCACAUGAAAGUUGCGUAUUAUCAUUGAAGUUUGCUCAUACAGGAAAAUGGUUUGUAUCAACAAGUAAAGAUAAUCAACUAACAGGAUGGAAAACACCCUAUGGUGCAAAAUUAUUUGAUAAUAAAGAAGGUUCGUCUGUAUUGAGUUGCGACGUAUCUCAAGACGAUAUGUUUAUUGUGACCGGUUCCGGUGAUAAAAAAGCGACGUUAUAUGAAGUUGUCUAUGAAAGAUAA